AUCAGUAUAACUUGGCACCUCGGAUCGUAAACAGGUUACUGCCGCAAUGCGGGAACUACAAAUACCGGGAAUGUUUUGGAUUGCAGCUUUCAUAAUGAUUGGCACUUGUUUCACUUAUGCCAAGCCGCGGACCUAUGUGAAUGACUUUGUAUUUCCCUCAGAGGAAGAUCAUAAACCUCGCAUUUGGGAACAGGUCACAGAAGAUCAAUCAUCCGAAUCUAGAGACUACAAUGGCCAUAAUAAAAGUCCGGAUAAGUGCACCGACCUACACAUUGAUGACUCGACAGGAAACGCUUGUUUAAUUUUCAUCAGCUACAAGAAAUUGGAAGAUCCCCUGCAAAGUUUAAAGAGGGUACUAGUUGAGGAACUUAAUCUUCCGGAACUCGUAUCUAGCGUACGAGUUCUGAAGCGCGGAAAGCAUCGCUUGGUUUUUGAACUGCCAAGUUCUAUAGACGCUCUUCUCGCUCUUAAUGGUUAUUGUAAUUUAUAUAAAAAUCGACACGAUCGCACCUAUGAAAUUCUCAGCGUUGAGAACUGAGAGAUUGAUUUCCAAAGAAUUUAGGAACUAGAUGUUUUUAUACUCUACAUCCAAAAUUGCUACAUAUAAUUGUGUUACUUGACUAGACUUAAGCGCGUACCUAAAUCUAUAUAUAGCUUGAUAAUGCUGUGCAAUUACAAAUGACGCGGCUUAUAGGGUGUCUAAAAAUAAUAGAGUUGCUUGAGUAAUAAAAACCAGCUUUAUACUAAACUAAGACGUUCUAUUUAAUAAAAAAUUACUUUCGUAAAAUACAUUACAUACAAA